GACGUCCCCUCCAAAAAAUUCCAUGCAUGUCCAAAAAUGCAUCAGUGAAUGCAGUCUCAACAUACGUGUAUCCUAAUGCACCCAGAAUUUAAGGCAUGAAGAUAAAGGCGCUCUCGCGCUCAACAGAGGCGCUACAGCCUCCCGGCUCCUCCACUCCCCGACUCCUCAGAAACCUCGAUCCUUCUCUGCACCCAUUUGAGCGGGCAAGAGAGUAUACCCGCGCUCUCAAUGCGACCAAGUUAGAGCGCAUGUUCGCUGCGCCCUUCUUGGGCCAGCUGGGAAAAGGCCAUGUCGAUGGCGUCUACAGCAUGGCGCAAGACCCGGGCUCUUUGGAACGUCUUGCCAGUGGGAGCGGCGAUGGCGUGGUGAAAGUCUGGGAUCUUCCUAGCAGGGAGGAGAUAUGGCAAUGCAAGGCACACGAUAACAUCGUGAAGGGAAUCGCGUGGACUCGCGAUCGCAAAAUGCUCACUUGUGGAACGGAUCGAACGGUCAAGAUGUUCGACCCCUACGGCUCGGAGGGUCGCCCAGGGCCGACUGCGAUCUACCAAGGACAAGGCGCCUUUACUUCCAUAUCACAUCAUAGAAGCCUCCCUGCUGUGGCUGUUUCGUCGGGACAGAUCUCCAUCUACGAUUACAGCAGAGAAAGCUCUUCCCCGAGUCAAACCCUGGUCUGGCCCUCGACGGUGGACACGAUCACCACCUGCGCCUUCAAUCAAACCGAAACAUCCAUUCUCGCCAGCGCUGGCACCGAUCGAUCCAUAAUCCUCUACGACCUUCGCACGGGUUCUCCGCUACACCGAACCGUUCUAAGUUUCGCAAGCAACAGCAUUGCAUGGAACCCGAUGGAGGCUUUCAACUUCGCCACCGCCUCCGAAGACCACAACAUCUACAUCUUCGACAUGCGAAAAAUGAGUCGGGCCCUCAACGUACUCAAGGGCCAUGUUGCCGCAGCUAUGAGUGUGGCAUUCUCGCCUACAGGCGAGGAGCUCGUGUCUGGGAGCUAUGAUCGAAGCGUCCGCCUCUGGGAUCGUAGUAAGGGCCACAGCCGAGAUAUGUACCACACGAAGCGCAUGCAGCGCGUAUUCAGCGUGGCCUAUGUUCCGGACAAUGCCUAUGUCCUCUCUGGCAGUGACGACGGCAACGUACGACUGUGGCGGGCCAAGGCAUCUGCGCGACAGGGCGUCAAGUCGGCCCGUGAGCGAGAGAAGCUCGAAUAUGACGACGCGCUGAAGGAGCGGUACAAGCACAUGCCCGAGAUUCGAAGAAUCGCACGGCAUCGUCACCUGCCCAAGCAGGUGAAGCGGGCGGAGACGAUCAAGCGGGAGGAGCUAGGCUCGAUCAAGCGCCGGGAAGAAAACGAGAGGAGAAGUUCGCGGAUGAAAUCGAAGACGAAGAGACGGAGCGAGAGAGAGAAGAUGGUUUUGGCGACGGAGGAGUAAUCUGCAUGACUGACGAGACUCGCAUAUCUUUCGGCGUUUCUGGGUAGAUUGCGGCAUUAUCUAGGCGCUUUUU